ACCCGGUGGAAACCGAGCAGAAACACAGGCGGGCUACCCUACCUCCUCACACCCGUUCGCCUUGCAUUUCAGGGAGCGCGAUAUGGUUAGGGCUCAGAGCUGGCGGCUGACAAUUGCACUCAGUUAGGUCUGCCUACUCUGUGCAGCUUUCCAGACAGCCUACCUGUUUUAAGUGGCUAACUCGUUCUCUACCACAUCCCCUGAAACUGAACCAAGCUGUGAAUCGCCUCAGGGGAGACGCCAAGAAGGAUAAUUGUAUUGCGUUGGGGACUCACUAUGCCCUCGUCUAGACCAGGGGCAACUCCGGAAUACUGGAUAGAUGACUCGAAGAAGGAGACGCUGGCAGACUACUAUGAGCUGGAGUCCGAAUUGGGACGGGGAGCAACAUCGGUGGUGUACAGAUGCCGACAGAAAGGAACUCAGAAGCCCUACGCCCUCAAACUGUUGAAGAAGACAGUGGACAAGAAGAUUGUACGGACAGAGAUUGGCGUUCUACUGCGACUAUCUCACCCAAACAUUAUCAAGCUGAAAGAGAUCUUUGAGACCCCAGCAGAGAUCAGUUUGGUUCUUGAACUCGUCACCGGUGGGGAGCUGUUCGACAGGGUGGUGGAAAAGGGUUACUAUAGUGAACGUGAUGCAGCGGACGCAGUCAAGCAGGUCUUGGAGGCCGUAGGGUACCUCCAUGAGAACGGAGUGGUUCACCGAGACCUGAAACCCGAGAACCUCUUAUACGCCACUUCUGCCCCAGAUGCCCCUCUCAAGAUAGCUGAUUUUGGCCUAUCAAAAAUUGUGGAUGAUCAGGUCACGAUGAAGACUGUAUGUGGGACGCCGGGGUAUUGUGCUCCAGAGAUACUGCGGGGCUGUGCGUAUGGGCCUGAAGUUGACAUGUGGUCUGUGGGAGUCAUCACAUACAUCUUGCUCUGUGGCUUUGAGCCGUUCUUUGACGACAGAGGCGACCAGUACAUGUUCAAGCGCAUUCUCAACUGUGAAUAUGAGUUUGUCUCCCCCUGGUGGGACAAUGUGUCACUCAACGCCAAGGACCUUGUGAAGAAGCUGAUUGUCCAGGAUCCAAAGAAGCGCCUUACUACACUGCAGGCACUGCAGCACCCCUGGGUGACCGGGAAAGCGGUUAACUUCGCCCAUAUGGACACGGCUCAGAAGAAGCUCCAGGAGUUCAACGCACGCCGAAAGCUCAAGGCGGCCGUCAAAGCUGUGGUGGCGUCCUCUCGGCUGGGCAGCGCUGGCAGCCACAGCAACCAAGACAGCAGCAAGAACAACUGCAAUCACUCGUCCAGUCAGGAGGGGGUGGAAAAGAACGACACACAGAAGAAUGAGACCCCGCUUCAGGAAGAGGGCUCAUAAGCCCACACACAGAACCCUGUUCCCUUUCUACCACAAAUUUAACAUCGAAAAGUCAUCAUCCCCCUCCAGUUCAGUCGAGGCUGAGAGCAAAGCGUUGCUGACCCGACAGAAGACUUCUCUACCCCCACCCCCCCUCCCCCAACAAAGUUGGAAAAGAUUGAAGUCUUCGCUUGGUGUCAAUGCAUGUGACUGUUCCAUGUAUUCAAAUAGUAUGUGUUAUUGGGCACAUGGCCAUAACCUAACAACAAGUAUUUCACUUACAAAAGAGAUUCUCUUUCUCUCUCUCUUUUUGUUUGUUACCUCGGCCAAGGAGGUUAUGUUUUCACUACCAUUUGUUGGUUUGCCUGUCUGUUAGCAGGAUUACGCAAAAACUAACUGGCCGAUUUUCAUGAAACUCGAUGGAGGGGUAUAGCAUGGGCCAAUGAAGAACCCAUAACAUUUUGGGGCAGAUCAGGGGCCGGAUCCAGGAAUUUCUUUUUUUACUUUCUUUAACAUUGCGAGAUAGGGCAUUUGGUCUUGGCGGAGGUCUGCACUCUCUGAGCGCCCUUCUAGUAUGUCUAUUAUUUUUGUGAAUAUCCAUGUCAUAGCCCAAAGUGGGCAGCUUAAAGCAGUGGUGAAUGUUAUGCAGCCUAAAGGUACAAUGUGAGACCUACAUGUGAGUUUAUAAAGGUUCACACCAUCCUUUGGCUACCCAACAGUCAGAGGCUAAAGUGCUUUUAAGCACCCUUUUUCCUCAGUUGGCUAUCCAACAGUCAGAGGCUAAAGUGCUUUUAAGCACACACACACACGCACACACACACGCACGCACACACACACACACACACACACACACACACACACACACACACACACACACACACACUCUUUUUCCUCAGUUGGAUUGUUGAUUAGUAUUUUGCUGCUUUGGUAAGAAAAAAAGUGUUUUUUUAAAUUUACAGAACUUAAUUAGAUUUAUAUGCCAUACUCAUUGUUUUAAGAUUCAAAUAUUACAAUUUCCAAGUGAUUGUUAAAUAUUACCUUUACUGUAAUGUCAAAUGAGAAUGCCUUAUCUUAUAUUAACUAGUUUUUACACAUUAGUCAUAGUGACAAGUAUUUCUUAACUUAUGUAGGUUUUGGAAAACCACGCUGGAAGAAAAACUGUUUUCGUAUGGGGUAGGAGAAGCAGAGCUUUAGGAAGAAGGUCUGGGUCUUCUCUUUAUGUCAAAUACAAAUGUAUUUAUUUUCUGAUUCUGUAGUCUUGCAAGGGAGUGCAUACUGUAAUUAUUCAAUAUGGUGAUUUAAACAAUCCAAGUCAGUGCCAAAAAGGUAAAAAAAAAAUGAAAAAAAAAUGACAUCCAACUCUAAAGUUGCCUAAUUGGUUUUGCUCCAUCUCUGCCAUAUGGAUUGUCGCUGCAAUCAGUCAAAUAUUUAGUUCUGUUGAUUUCCAGGACUGUGGUGUGUGUGGACUGUGUAUCCAAAGAAUCCUGUGUAUCAAAGAAAGAAAAUGCCACCUGCAAUGUUUUUACCUUUUGAAAUGUACUCAUAGCAUGCUUUAACUUUAACAGUAUCAGGGAAUGUUGUUGAUGAAAAAUAUAGUUGAUAAAAGACACCCAAGGAAUGUGUUGUAUGACAAGGGUUCUUGUUUUGCAUGUAGGAAUGCUGAACUUAAGUGCUGCAAUUGUUUAAAAAUGACAUGUAAUCUAUGUUUUAUGAUAUGAUCUUAGGACUUAAGACCUGAGUCAUGUUGACACUGUUGUGUCACAAUUUGUUAAAACUGCUUGUUUCUAUGUCAGAUGACUUGUUGAAAAGAAUCUGUAAAAUCGUUAAAUAAGUCAGAGAAAUAAAUCAUAUAAAAUUACAUAGA